AUGCCGCUCAACAAGACCACCAGUGUCAGGUCCACCAGUACCAACUCGGUUCCCCCGACUCCUUUUUCUGCAUCGGAGAUUGCUAGGCUGAAAAACGCAAAUGACCAAAUGACGUUGAAAUCCUUGAAGAACAAUGUUAGACAGCAAGAGACGAGUGCCCUGGCAUCUAUUGGGAGUCACGGUGCCAGGAAUAUUAAAGACGCUGCAAAAGGUCAGUAG